AUGGUAUGGUGUUGGAAUUCAAGGGGACAGAGAUGGCUGACAGAGAUGGCGAUCGGCAACCUACACAAAAGUACUACUAGUUUUAGUAGCACUACGACCACUACUAGUGCAGCAGCUACAACGACCGCAUCAAAUGACGAUACAACUAGCACAGCAGCUACAACAAACCCUACUGCUCCCUCUCAACAAGUACAAGAUGCAGCCUCGAGUGCAGAUAGCGCUAAUCUUGAACAUGAGCCUGAAGCACCAGCAACAGAAGGUGAGCUUGUAGCUGCUAAAGCACAAGACGCAGAGCUGCCGGAGACUUCAGUUCAGGAAGACGAUCAGUUAAAAGGUCAUGGAGAUGGAGGCGGAGAUCACACUGGACCUGGAGAUGCUGGUAAAGAAGGCCAUUUUGCUGAAGAAAAUGAGGAAGACGAAGAUCAUGUUGAGCAAACAGAGGCAACAACAGGUGGACAUGAACAUGUAAAAGAUGAAGCAGUAGGAGCAGACUCGACGUCGGAAGUAGAAGUUAAGGAACUACAUAAAGAAGCAGAAGAAAGGGAGGCGGAAGAUACAGGAGAGGAUCACGAGCAUCAGGAGACUAAUAAAGCAGGCAGUGAGAACGACGACGACGAGGCGAAUCCACCCAAGGAGGUCGAAGAGCAUGAGGAGACUAAAGGAGGCAGUGAGAACGACGACGACGAGGCGAAUCCACCCAAGGAGGUCGAAGAGCCUAAGGAGACUAAAGGAGGCAGUGAGAACGACGAGGCGAAUCCACUCGACGAUCUGA